AUGGCAGAUAGAAGCGAGACUGAUUCUCCUGACUCGUUAGCUGAACGUCAGUUUGAGAUCGCAAACCUCCGCGCGCGCUUUCACAAUCGCAUCCCCGUUAUCUGCAUCGCUAAAAAGUUCAGCACGCUCCACAUUGACAAGUCCAAGUUUCUGGUGCCGGCCAACAUGAUGUAUGCCGAGUUCAAGUACAUCUUGCAGAAGCACCUGGUCACCGAGAACAUCGAAAAGCCCGAGUACGUUGGGAAGAACGCAGCUCUGUACCUCUACGUGGGAGGGAUAAUCCCGAUGGCGCAGGCGCUGAUGGGCGAGCUGUUCCAGAAGCACCGCUCGGAGGAGGGUGUCCUCUACAUGACCUACGCUAACGAGAACACGCUGGGCUGA